AUGGAUUCGUCUGGCGGGCAAGAUAAUCCGUUCAAGGAUUACUUCAGAAGCACAGUGUGGGAUUUAACGAGUGCUGAAGCAUAUCACGGAAUCCUCUUCUUCAACCGUGAUCUGGAUUUUGCCACGCAAUUCGGUGUUAUUCCCGGUUCGCUGACUGAAGUCUGCGGGAUCAACAAUUCCGGAAGGACGUGCCUCUGCGUGAAGCUCUGCGUUAGCGUUUGCGUGCCGUCGUUUCUGUGGGGAGUCGACGGGGAGUCAAUCUACCUGGACAGUCGUCAAAUGUUUCAUCCUCGACUAGUUGAGCGUCUCGUGACUUCGACAAAUUCGGCAAUGAAAGAUCAAUUUGAGAAGAAGAACUUUGCACUGAGCACUGACGAUGUUCUGUCAAGAAUUCAUUACGUGAGAAUAAUCACGGUUGAGGAAUUUGUGGCCAAAGUGGAGUUUCUCAAGGAAUACCUGAAAAUUCAUCCGAGAGUUCGCCUCAUUGUUGUAGACUCCAUCGCCAUGCUGUUCCACACUUUCUCGGGAUCCAGCAUUCAGCGCGUAAAGAAAAUCAUGGAGACACUGAUGAGCCUGGAUAAUUUGGCUGCCGUAUUCAACAUUGCUGUGGUUAUCGUCAAUGAUAUGACAACAAGAGUCUCUCCCUGUGGCACCACAUCCAGGGUCAUACCAGCAUUGGGGGUGUACUUUUAUCACAAGAUAUCAUACAGGAUCGUACUUUCGCGCACGCCAAACGGAAAAUUUGCGGCAGAACUGAAGAAGAACUUCAAGAAUGCCAACAAGACGUUCUCAUUCAAUUUCUAA